CGGAGAGAGCAGUGUGCCAUUAAAAUUCGUGACUCCGCGCCAGAUGCGGUUUGCUCCCAACAGCGCGUGUAGUUUGUAGUUAAAUGGAGAUCGCGGAGGCAAGAGGAGCAUCUAAGUGCGUGGAGGGGAAAAUGGAGAAAGAAGUGGCGUCUCAGAAGCGACAAUAUUGCCGCACGACAGCGCUGAACAUAAUCUCGUCUUUAUGUUCUGUGGCGUCCGUGGCGUUCUGCAUUCUUCUGAGCCUGAACGCGGCUGAUAUCAAGCACCGAGUUGUGGAUUUGGAGAGUGGCAAAGGCGAGCACACCUUCAUCCAAGCCCCCGGCUACUCCAUGGAUGAUUUUAAUUCACUGGUUCAGCAAAGAGUGGAUGAGCUGCUCUCUCAGCGCACCUAUGAGAAUUUUGUCAAGAUUCGGACUGCCAGGCAAGCAUCACCUGAAUGCAACUGUCCUCCAGGACCUCCGGGGAAGCGAGGAAGACGAGGCCGCAACGGAGAACCUGGACCUCCUGGCCCUCCAGGUCCAAAGGGGGAAAAGGGGGAUCAAGGCGACCAGGGACCACGGAUGGUCUUCCCUAAGAUCAAUCACGGCUUUCUUUCCGCUGACCAGCAGCUCAUAAAGCGACGGCUCAUUAAGGGAGAUCAGGGGCAGGCGGGACCACCCGGGCCACCGGGGCCGCCGGGGCCUCCUGGACCCAGAGGGCCUCCAGGGGACACCGGCAAGGACGGACCCAGAGGUGUGCCUGGUCUACCGGGCGAUCCAGGGCAGCCGGGAGAGACCGGACCCAUGGGACCUGAGGGGCCACAAGGGCUAAAGGGCUCACUUGGCCCUCCUGGCAUCCCAGGUGUUGACGGACUGAAGGGGGAUGUUGGCAUCCCAGGACUGGACGGUGUCCCGGGAGUGAAGGGCGAAAUGGGAGAACGAGGUGAAAAGGGCGAUAUGGGCGAAGAAGGACCGAAAGGUGAUCUGGGAGAGAAGGGAGACGCCGGUUCUUCUGCAGCAGGCAUCAAGGGUGAACCUGGAGAACCUGGACGAAGCGGACACAAGGGAGAGCCAGGACUUCCAGGGCUGCCUGGACUCCCAGGGAUAAAGGGUGAGCCUGGAUUCCUUGGUCCCCAGGGAGAGCCGGGGCUUCCAGGGCUCCCAGGAACGAAGGGCGAGAGGGGCGACCACGGGCCUCCGGGGAAAGGUGAGCGAGGAGAAAUCGGACCUAUCGGGCCAAAGGGUGCAGAAGGAGAGGCUGGUACACCUGGGCCUAAAGGGUCAAAGGGGGAGACUGGAGAUAAAGGAGACUUGGGGACUGUUGGCCCAAAGGGCCCCCCGGGGCAGAAGGGAGACCAAGGAGCCACGGAAAUCAUCGACUACAACGGAAACAUUCAGGAGGCCUUACAGAAGAUUACCACUAUUACAGUCACGGGUCCUCCAGGGCCUCCUGGGCCGGUGGGACCACAUGGCAUCAAGGGGGAUCGUGGGAUGCCUGGUCUGCCUGGACUUGAUGGAGAAAGAGGGUAUAAAGGUUCCAAAGGAGACAUGGGGAUGCCCGGAGCUUCAGGGGAGAAAGGAACGACCGGUUUACCUGGUUUACCCGGUGUCAACGGGGUGAAAGGGGACAAAGGAGAUCCAGGACUUCCUGGUCCUCAAGGUCCUUCUAUUAUCGGCCCCCCAGGAGCACCAGGACCCCACGGACCCCCAGGACCUAUGGGACCCCAUGGCUUCCCUGGACCGAAGGGUGAAGCUGGUUUACAUGGUGCGAAAGGUAUAAGAGGAGAACCAGGACACAAAGGGGACCGCGGGCCUUUGGGUCUCCCCGGAGCCUCCGGCUUGGACGGCAAGCCCGGAAUUAGGGGCAUGGAUGGGCCUCCGGGUCCAGCUGGGCCAGCUGGGCCGAAGGGCGACAUAGGUGAGAGAGGAGCACCAGGUGAACCAGGACCAAGAGGACCUUAUGGACUACCUGGAGCUGCUGGAACACCAGGGCUGGAUGGGUUGCCAGGCUUAAGGGGAGAGAAAGGCGACGAUGGGGAAAGAGGAGAAAAGGGUUUCCGGGGAUUUAAGGGUGAAAAGGGGGAACCAGGGCAGCCAGGUCUGGACGGGCUGGAUGCCCCAUGCCAAUUGGGCCCGGAUGGAUUACCAAUGCCUGGGUGCUGGCAGAAGGGAGUCACACCGUGGCUGGUAGCCUGAAACCCGCCCCCCCAACCAGAACGUAGAGCUGUUGGUUGUUGUUGCUUUAUUGUGGUGACGCCUGCAGACGGUCUCGCACUCGCGAGGCUCGCCCACGCGUCUCCGGACGAGGGAAAGGGGGCUCGGAAAGGCACUGGCGGGGUUUUUUUUUUUUGAGUAUCGGACGAGCAGUGCUUAAACCCCCUUUUCCUCCGGAGGGGCCCAGGAAAAGGGAUCCUGAGCCUCGUCGGUCUCCGCGGAGAUCGGCCUUGGAGGUCUACUGAGAGCGUCGACAGAAUGCAAUCACGUUUGUUUUCUUUCUAUCGUUUCUUGUUUUUUUUUUUUUUGAUUUGCUCUCAUUCUUACACAUCGUUUGUAUUUUUGUGUAUAAUAGCCUUCGGUGCCUCAAGCUUUUAUUCAUUCCUUUGUAUCAGAAAUGUACGACUUUAUAUGGAAGUCGUGAGAGGAGGAGGACGAGACGCACUGUUAGCGCGUAGCUUCACCUGCGGCCAUCUUGACCGAACAUCCAGCGUUGUCGUUUGCAAAUAUGCUAAUUUUUUUCUUUUUUCAUUUUGUUGGAUAUUAUUUGUACAGUGUUGCUGCAUGUACACAGUUUAUUCUCAAAUACUGAGAAUUGUUUUUUUGUUUGUUUUUUUAGGGGUCUUUUUUAAGGAAGCGCAUCCGAACACGAAUUUUUCAGAUUUAGCCGAACACACAGCUAGCUGCUCUUUUUAUUGUCUUAAAUCGACAGAACAAAAGCUCAAUUGGACAGAUUAACACACAGCUGGUGGACAUUCCUUAUCCGACGGAGCAACAGGUCGAUUUCUCACCGCGGUUUACUCACGUUUCCUGUUUUCGAACCGCCUUCUGACGUAGCGGAUGCUAUGCUAGGCGAUGCUACUCUUUAAGUUUUUUUCCUCCCCACAACAAAUAUGCAUGAUUUACUGUAAGAGCAGAUGUUUUAUCGUGACGUAGCAGCGAGAUUUACUUCCAUUAUUUCGUGUACAGCAGCUCAUCUCAUGGUUAGCAAAGAACGGAUCUGUGUAGAUUACAAUGGUGCUAUCUGAUCGGAGGUCAACACGCGGCGAGAAACACGCAACCGGUUUCUUUAUUGUUGUUGUUGUAGUUGGAGGUUUCUUCUUUUUUUUUGUGUGUACAUUAUUUAUUUUUCUAUAAUUUCUUAAAUGAAGGCAUUUCUCUCUUUUCGGUUCUGAACAGCAUUCCUUUUAGCUUCUGGUGUUGAUAGGAGGAUUUUUUUUUUUUUUUUUUCCGGUGAAAACAGUUAUGCAAAAACGGUGAAGAAAGUCUGUGUGCAUUUUUUCUUACAGGCCUUACCAUGACAUGCAUUGUUUCGUUUUUUUAGUAUUUUAAUUUCGUGUGUCGAAAAAAACAAAGGGCCUGAAUGUGGACAGGCCUCCAGCCAAUGCAAGCGUGUACAGUUGGAUUCGACAGCCUUUUUUUUUUUCGCUCACGGUUUUCUCUCUCUCUCUCUCUCUCUCUCUCUUUGCAUUGAAUGUAGUUUGAUAUAUGUAUAGUGGAUUAUUAAUGUACUGUUGACAUGUGUGCUCAUUUUGACAUAAAGUGCAAUUUAUACUUUUGGUUAAUGUGUGUAGCAUCGAACGAAAAAAAUCACGCCACGGUGAUUCCUCUACGGCUCCGUCGUGCUACUCCUGUGUACCACUACCUGGAAAGAAAAUGUUGAUUUAGCAGAAGAAAACUUUUUUUUUUUUGGCUUGUCCCUUAUGUUUUCAAGUGUUAUUUCCAUUACUUAAUACGUGUUUUGAUUUCCAGCCUUUGUUACAGUAUUUGUUCUCACAAGGUGCUGUAUCGUUAGCAUGUGCAGCUAAUUUUAUUUUUUUUAUAGGUUUUUUUUAUGUUAUUUUAUCAGGUUGGUUGAUCAUAUGUUUGAACGUUGUGUUACUUUAAGGUUUUAAAUUUAGUGCCAAAAUAUUUCAAGACAUUUAUUUCCGAUUUUUGGUGUCAACAGAACUGAAGAUAUCCGUUUAUUUGUAUUUGUUGCAGAGAUGUUGUUUUUUUUUUUUUUAAAGCACCCUUUAGCCCCAAUUUUCUUUCAAAAUAAAAGUGCUGUUGUAGGAUAAUUAAGUCACAUGCAUCGUUCUUUUGCGUUAACGUGAAAAUCCAACACUUCUCCGAUGCACUGCAGCCUUACUGAAGAAGUAUACCGCCACAUACUUUCCAGAACAAAAUGCAAACUGUAGCAAAAGAAAAAAAUAAUAAUAACGAAGCAAAAUCCACUCUGUGGCUUAUCUGAGUUCUGAUUGCAUUUUUUUUUCUUGUUGUUGUUGUUGUGGUAUAUGUUCAGUUUCUGUUCUGCAUUUGUAUUACUUCUUUAUUUUUUUUUUUACCCACUUGGUUGACAUUUCUUUGAGGACCCUUGUGUUCACACGUUAUAUUUCGAGUUGACAUUUCAUAUGACUGUACUGUUGGAGCCAAAUAAACACAGUCUUUCAAAUACACCAAAA